AUGGAUUCCGCAGACGUCGAAGCCUCCAAGAUGUACAUCACCUACAACAACAUCCACCAGUUGUGUCAGGAAACAUCUGAAAAGAUCAAGGCUUUCAAGCCUGACUUGAUCAUUGCUAUUGGUGGAGGAGGUUUCAUUCCAGCAAGAAUGUUGCGUACUUUCUUGAAGGAGCCUGGUCAGCCAAACAUCAGAAUCAUGGCCAUUAUCUUGUCUUUGUACGAGCACGUUAACACCGUGGGCUCACAGGUCGAGCAGGCUGGCACUGAGGUGGUUAGAACUCAGUGGAUUGACUACGCUCAAUCCAAGGUUGAUUUGGUGAACAAGAACAUUUUGAUCAUUGACGAGGUUGAUGACACCAGAACCACUUUGCACUAUGCCGUUUCUGAGUUGAAGAAGGAUGUGGCUGAACAGGCUGCUGCUCAGGGUGUUGAUGCCAGUGCCACCAAGUUCGGUAUCUUUGUUCUUCACGACAAGGCCAAACCAAAGAAGGCUGAUUUGCCUGCUGACAUCAUGACCACUGGUAACUACUUUGCUGCCAGAACGGUGCCUGAUGUCUGGAUUGCAUACCCAUGGGAGUCUGCUGAUAUUGUCUACCAUACCAAGAGGGCCAUGGAGCAGGGCAACGAUGUGUUCCUUCCAUCCACCACCGAAUAG